GUGUGCGCGAGUGAGUGAGCGAGUGUGUGUGCGCACACUGGUGUGAUCCGCCUGCACGCUGGGGCUGCGUUUCCCAAGAAAAAAGCUCAGCUCUCUCUCAGUUUCCCUGCGCGUCUUAUUGCAGCUCUCAUUGUCUUUGUCGACAGUGAUAAAGAGAGCAGUUUCAACCGGGGGCCUGUUUUUGGAAUAAAGAAAAAAAAGCAUUGCUGUUUUCUGACUUUGAGGGAAGAAAGGAAGGGACUCCUCUGGAAUUUCCUAAGGAAUUUAUAUCGGACAGCUCCGUUACCGGGGCUUUGCAUUCUACCGCCUGGGUAUAUAAUGUGACCAACUAUUCCACACUAGGGAGAUUCCGAGGAGUUCAGUUCUUUCAUCACUCUGGUCCGAGGCAGCAAUCGCAAUUGAUUAUUCCAAACAGGUUUGGGCAAAAGGGGGGGAUUCUUGUCGGUGGCGCGUCGGCGAGGGUAAAACAGCAUCGGGCAGCAUGUUGGCACCUGCAUGAAACCAAAAGUGGAGCCUCAUUUCUUGUCCUCUUUCCUGAGACGUCAACCACAGGAUGAGGCCUGCGGCAGGUCUCAGGGGAGAGAAUGUUCCAUGACUUUCACACCUUCGACCUCAAGCUCUUGAACUAUUGGGAAGGUUGCUUGAGUGCUGAAAGGCUGUGAAUACCCUGCAUCUGAGAAAUCAGACCAGACUGACUCACAGGGCUCUGUGAGCCAGUGCCACCGAGGCUGCCAAAGCAUGCUGGUGCCAAGCUGUCCCACCAUGCACAGAGCCAGACCCACGCUGCUGCUGCCGCUGCUGCUUGUCCUGGGUCUGCUCCUCCACCUCGCCGACGCUCAAACACCACCAAAGUUUUUAAGAACCCCCAAUGACCAAACAGGCGUGCAGGGAGGCGUGGCGUCCUUCAUCUGCCAAGCCUCGGGAGACCCACGGCCCAAGAUCGUGUGGAACAAGAAGGGGAAGAAAGUCAGCAACCAGAGAUUCGAGGUAGUGAUCGAGUUCGACGACGGCUCUGGUUCCGUGCUCAGAAUUCAGCCAUUGCGCACGCCCCGAGACGAAGCCAUAUACGAAUGCGUCGCCUCCAACAGUGUUGGAGAGACGAGCGCUACCACCAAACUCAUUGUUUUACGUGAGGACCAGCUGCCCCCUGGGUUCCCCACCAUAGACAUGGGCCCACAGUUGAAAGUGGUGGAGCGAACGCGCACCGCCACCAUGCUCUGUGCCGCCAGCGGCAACCCCGACCCUGACAUCUCCUGGUUCAAAGACUUCCUCCCCGUCAACACCACCAACAACAACGGACGCAUUAAACAGCUCAGAUCAGAAUCCUUUGGUGGUACACCAAUAAGAGGAGCCCUCCAGAUAGAGCAGAGCGAAGAGUCGGACCAGGGAAAGUAUGAAUGUGUGGCGACCAACAACGAUGGAACCCGCUACUCUGCGCCGGCAAAUCUAUACGUCAGAGAGCUGCGAGAAGUACGCCGGGUGCCACCACGGUUCUCCAUUCCACCCACAGACAAUGAGAUCAUGCCGGGCGGCAGCGUCAACAUCACGUGCGUCGCAGUGGGCUCCCCCAUGCCUUACGUCAAGUGGAUGCUGGGUGCUGAAGACCUCACGCCAGAGGACGACAUGCCGAUCGGACGGAACGUCUUGGAGCUCACAGACGUGCGGCAGUCGGCCAACUACACGUGUGUGGCCAUGUCGACCCUGGGGGUGAUAGAGGCUGUGGCACAGAUAACAGUCAAGGCGUUGCCCAAGGCUCCUGGCAUCCCUGUGGUGACGGAGCGCACAGCCACCAGCAUAACGCUGACUUGGGACUCCGGCAAUCCGGAGCCGGUGUCCUACUACAUCAUCCAGCACAAGUCCAAGUACUCGGAGGACACGUACAAGGAGAUCGACGGCGUGGCCACCACUCGGUACAGCGUGGGGGGCCUCAGCCCGUACUCGGACUACGAGUUCCGCGUGGUGGCCGUGAACAACAUCGGGCGGGGGCCACCCAGCGAGAGCAUCGAGGCCAAAACAGCUGAGCAGGCACCCAGCACGGCACCGAGGCAGGUCAGAGGCCACAUGCUGAGCACCACCACAGCUGUUAUUCACUGGGACGAGCCGGAGGAGGCCAAUGGGCAGAUCAUGGGCUACAGAGUCUACUACACCAUGGACUCCAGCCAGCAUGUCAACCUCUGGGAGAAGCAGAUUGUCCGGGGGUCUAACUUUGUCACCAUCCAGGGCCUCAUCCCAAAUAAGACCUACUACAUCAAGGUGCUGGCCUACACCUCAGUUGGCGACGGGCCCCUUUCUGCAGACCUUCAAAUCAUCGCUAAGACAGGAGUUCCCUCCCAACCGACCGACUUAAGGGGAGAAGCCAAGUCGGAGACGAGCAUUUUGCUGUCGUGGGUCGCCCCGGCACAGACCGGACAGGAAAAUCAAAUCACGGGAUAUGAACUCAUGUACAGGAAGAGGGACGACAAAGAGGAGAAACGUAUCAGUUUUGAGCCGACAACAACAUACCUGCUGAAGGACUUGAAGCCCUUCACUACUUAUACUUUCCGCUUGGCUGCCCGUAGUAAACAUGGGGUUGGAGCUUACACCAACGAGAUCUCGGCAGAAACUCCACAGACACAACCCUCGGGCCCACCUCAGGACGUCCAGUGCCACAGCCCCAGCUCCACCAGGGUCCUGGUAAGUUGGCGGCCGCCCCCAGUGGAAUUACAAAACGGGAUCAUAACACAAUACAGUGUCCACUACGCCGAGACGGAAGGGGAGGACACGCCUUCACGUCAGAUCCCCAGCAUCCCGGCGGAAAGCUCCCAGUACCUUUUGGAAAACUUGGAAAAAUGGACAGAGUACCGCGUGACGGUCGUUGCGCACACGGAUGUGGGAGCGGGGCCGGAGAGUCUGCCACAGCUGGUCCGCACAGAGGAGGAUGUUCCUAGCGGGCCACCUCGUAAAGUUGAGGUGGAGGCUGUCAACUCCUCGUCAAUUAAAGUGAUCUGGCGCUCACCGAUGCCCACCAAGCAGCACGGUCAGAUCCGAGGGUACCAGGUGCACUAUGUCAGGAUGGUUAAUGGGGAGCCCACAGGACAGCCAGUCAUCAAGGACAUCCUGAUUGAUGAUGCCCAGUGGGAAUAUGAUGAUUCAACUGAACAUGAAAUGAUCAUCGCCGAGCUGCAGGCUGAGACCACGUACUCAGUCACCGUGGCAGCCUACACCACAAAGGGUGACGGUGCACGCAGCAAGCCCAAACUGAUCACGACCACUGGCGCAGUUCCUGAAAAACCUCGGCUAAUGGUCAGCACCACCAACAUGGGCACGGCUCUCCUCCAGUGGCAUCCCCCAGCAUUAACCCACGGGCCCCUCCAAGGCUACCGCCUCCGUUUCGGUCGCAAAGACGUGGAUCCGCUGACCGUCAUUGAGUUCCCCGAGCGCGAGAACCACUACACGACCAAAGAGAUCCACAAGGGAGCCUCGUACACUUUCCGCCUUUCUGCGCGCAACAAGGUGGGCUUUGGCGAAGAGACAGUCAAAGAGGUCACCACAAACGAGGAUGUCCCGAGCGGCUACCCUCAGAGCAUCACGGCCGAAGGUGCCACCACCUCCACUAUUCAGGUUAGCUGGCAUCCUGUUUUGCUGGCGGAGCAAAACGGCCAAAUCGUGAAAUACGCUCUGCAGUAUAAGGACAUCAACAGCCCGCGCAGUCCCUCAGAGCUGUUCAUCACCGCCCCGGAAUCAACAGUCAUCCUGGAUGGCCUUAAGGCAGAUACCACUUAUGAUAUUAAAAUGUGUGCCUUCACCAGCAAGGGCUCUGGUUCCUAUAGCCCAAGUGUCCAAUUCAGGACACAGCCUUUGGAUCAAGCAGUGUUUGCAAAAAACUUCCACGUGAAAGCUGCCAUGAAGACGUCAGUGUGGCUGACCUGGGAAAUCCCAGACACCUACAACCCGGCUCAGCCUUUCACUAUUCUCUACGACAACGGCCAGAGCGUGGAGGUGGACGGCAAGCUGUCGCAAAAGCUGAUCACGGGUCUUCAACCCGAGACGCAGUACUCCUUCCUCCUGACCAACCGCGGCAACAGCGCCGGGGGCCUGCAGCACCGCGUGUCCACCAUGACGGCCCCGGACAUCCUGCGCACCAAGCCGUACCUGAUCGGCAAGACCAACUCGGACGGUAUGAUGACUGUGGAGCUGCCAUCGGUGCAGACUUCUGAGAGAGUGAGGGGAUAUUUCAUCGUGGUGGUGCCUCUGAAAAAACAGCGCACGGGGAAGUUCUUCAAGCCCUGGGACAACCCCGAUGAGAUGAAUCUGGAGGAGCUGCUGAAGGAGAUAAACCGAACGAGCAGAGGCCUCCGGUUCCAGCGGCAGGCUGAACCCAAAGCCUAUAUCGCUGCCUACUUCAAAGACCUGCCUAAAGACUUCACCCUGGGAGACGGCAAGACCUACGGGGACUUUGAGAACAAGCAACUCCAGAAUGGUCAGGAGUACAUCUUCUUUGUGCUCGCUGUCCUGGAAAUGUCGGAAAACAUCAUGUAUGCCACCAGCCCGUACUCUGACCCGGUUGUUUCGGCCGACACGGACCCCCAGCCAAUCAUCGAUGAGGAGGAGGGCCUCAUCUGGGUGGUGGGCCCUGUGCUGGCGGUCGUCUUCAUCAUAUGCAUCGUCAUCGCCAUCCUCCUCUACAAGAGCAAACCAGACAGAAAAAGAGCAGAAUCGGAAGCUAGGAAAGGAAGUCUCCCCAACAGCAAGGAAAUGCCGCUGCAUCAUCCCACUGAUCCCGUGGAGCUGCGGCGUCUCAACUUCCAAACACCCGGUUCAGGUGCGCCCAGUCACCCCAGUAACCUCCAUUUGUCAAGCAUGGCAAGCCACCCUCCGAUCCCUGUCAUGGACCUGGCAGAUCAUCAGGAGCGCCUGAAAGCCAACGACAACCUCAAGUUUUCACAGGAAUAUGAGUCCAUCGACCCCGGUCAGCAGUUCACGUGGGAGCACUCCAACCUGGAGGUGAACAAACCAAAGAACCGAUAUGCCAACGUGAUCGCGUACGACCAUUCCCGAGUCCUGCUCUCCGCUAUCGACGGGAUUCCAGGAAGUGACUACAUCAAUGCCAACUACAUCGAUGGCUACAGGAAGCAGAAUGCCUACAUCGCCACCCAGGGGUCUCUGCCGGAGACAUUCGGGGACUUCUGGAGGAUGAUCUGGGAGCAGCGGAGUGCCAUCAUCGUAAUGAUGACCAAACUGGAGGAGAGGUCCAGGGUGAAAUGUGACCAGUACUGGCCCACAAGAGCGACGGAAACCUACGGCCUCAUCCAAGUGUCCCUGUUGGACACAGUAGAGCUGGCGACGUACUGUGUCAGGACAUUUGCACUUUUUAAAAACGGCUCCAGUGAGAAGAGAGAGGUGAGGCAGUUCCAGUUCACAGCCUGGCCAGACCACGGGGUACCGGAGCACCCCACCCCAUUCCUGGCCUUCCUGAGACGGGUGAAAGCCUGCAAUCCUCCAGAUGCGGGGCCCAUGGUGGUACACUGCAGCGCUGGGGUGGGACGCACGGGUUGCUUCAUCGUGAUUGAUGCCAUGAUGGAGCGUAUCAAGCACGAGAAGACCGUGGACAUCUAUGGACACGUAACGCUAAUGCGUGCCCAGCGCAACUACAUGGUGCAGACAGAGGACCAGUACGUCUUCAUACACGACGCGCUCCAGGAGGCCGUCAACUGCGGCACCACGGAGGUGCCCGCCAGAAACCUCUACGCGUACAUCCAGAAACUGACGCAGAUAGAGGGCGGGGAGAAUGUCACCGGCAUGGAACUUGAGUUCAAGCGUUUAGCCAACACUAAAGCCCACACGUCACGAUUCAUCAGUGCCAACCUCCCGUGCAACAAGUUCAAGAACCGCCUUGUCAACAUAAUGCCAUACGAGUCCACGCGGGUGUGUCUUCAGCCCAUCCGAGGAGUUGAGGGCUCCGACUACAUCAAUGCCAGUUUCAUUGAUGGGUACAGGCAACAGAAAGCCUACAUUGCCACGCAAGGACCAUUGGCAGAGACCACAGAGGACUUCUGGAGAAUGCUCUGGGAACACAACUCCACUAUCGUCGUAAUGCUAACCAAGCUUCGAGAAAUGGGCAGGGAAAAAUGCCACCAGUACUGGCCAGCGGAAAGGUCGGCCAGAUACCAGUACUUUGUGGUGGACCCCAUGGCCGAGUACAACAUGCCCCAGUACAUCCUGAGAGAGUUCAAAGUGACUGAUGCCAGGGACGGACAGUCACGGACGGUAAGGCAGUUUCAGUUCACGGACUGGCCUGAACAAGGAGUGCCAAAAUCAGGAGAGGGCUUCAUCGAUUUCAUCGGCCAAGUACAUAAAACAAAAGAGCAGUUCGGCCAAGAUGGGCCUAUUUCGGUCCACUGUAGCGCGGGUGUUGGCAGAACCGGAGUUUUCAUCACCCUCAGCAUCGUCUUGGAAAGAAUGAGAUACGAGGGCGUAGUAGAUAUUUUUCAGACAGUGAAAAUGUUGCGGACACAGAGACCAGCGAUGGUGCAGACAGAGGAUCAAUACCAGUUCUGCUACAGAGCUGGCUUGGAGUACCUGGGAAGCUUUGAUCACUAUGCAACGUAAAAGACCCAGUUAUCGGAAGAAAAAAAUAAAAAAUAAAAAAGCAGAGGGCCCUUUGGAACGAAAAAAACCCAGCGAGCCUCUCUUCUGAGCCAUAAAUUCCUGCUUGAGAAAGUACUCCUUAACUCCUUGCUAACAACUCAUUACGUGUUGGAUGUGCGACAUGACUCGUCAAAAAAUGAAAAAGAUGAUUCCUGGAGGACCAAGUAUUUCCCCCCCCCCCAAAACCCCCACGAAAGACCUCACCUUGAGACAAAGUGAGGGAAUCCUGACUGAUGAAGCUUCAUACGGAAUUACCUUUUUGUUUUUUCCUUUCUUUUGCUUCAAGGAUUCAUAUUUUUGGGACGGCGGGGGGGGGGGGGGGGGGGGAGCUCAUAAAAACUGAAUGAAACCAACACAACAAAAAAAGUAUAUGAACAAUAAUGACAUCGUCAGAAAUGCAUCAGUGAUUAUGAACCGAUACGAGAGGCACUGGAGGCACACAGAAUUGCGGUGGUUGGGGGAUAAAACUCGAUGCACAUUGUAAAGAAAAAAAAAUCUGUUUCACAAUCAAGUACACACAAAGACAACCCAUCGAAAAAGAAGACAAUGCUUGGUCCACAACAGCAGGACACACUUAAAAGUAAUAAUGAAUUAAUACUCCUUCUCCUGUCACAAUGUUCAUCGUCUAAAUUCUGGAAGAGUGUGGGGGACAUCGAAUGAUCUAUGAAAUAAAUGAAAAUUAUUGAUUUAGUUUUUUAGUACUUUAUUAUACAGCUGAUGUGCUUUUUUUUUUGGAACUGUGUGAAUUUCCUUUUUUUACACAAAGUUAUCGCUUGGGGGGAAAAAGGUGAUAAAAUGUAUUUACGUUAAAACGUUCGGAUUUUCUUUUUUUUUUAAGCCGUAGAACUGUUCUGACGUAUGUGCUAUUUUGCAGAGAAUCUUUUUUUUAUUUUGUUUUUGCUUUCUAUGUUCUUUUGUUUUUCUUCUACCCCUCAUUUUGUUGCACUGAGUGCACAGAACGGAAUUCACGCCACCAAAAUAUAACUUUGUUCCAGAGUUAUUUUUUGGUCCUGGAUUUUUUCUGUUUGCUUUUUUUUUUUUUAUUGUCCACGAUCACAUGACAUGGUGACUAAAUUACUCCCAUAAGAUAAACUGGGGCUUUGUGGAAUCAACAGGGAUGAGCAAAGUAUGAAGUUUGCUGCUACCGAUUAUCUUAGUUCUUCCAUGUUAGAAUGAUGAUAAGAGAGAGCCUGAUGAAUUGGAUAAGAAUAUAUAUAUAGAUAUAUGCUACAGAUUGCCAAAUAUAUGUGAGAUAUGUAUAACAUUCUAAAUAUAACAUUCUAAAUAUAUUGAUAGAGUUAAAAAAAAAAGUAUAUGAAAUAUGGAAAGUCUAUGAAAGAUUCAAAUAGAGUGCUAAGGGGGAAAUGAAGAGAUUUUUUCACUGGAAUGCACAUCAGUAGGACAAAAUUGUAUUCUGAUUCAGUGCAUCUUUUCUUGUGCAAUAAAUUUGUGUGUUUUUUAGAUAGGGGUUUUUAUGUGGAUAUGUUUUUCACCCAUGACAUUGUUGUCCUCCUCCCACCCACCCCCCGCCGCCACCGCCGCCCCCUGCAAAGUGAAAGUCCGGGAGCGGGAAUGUCCGGUGCCAGUCAAAGCAUCGCUGGUGCAACUUUUCAAACUCUCACACGCGGUCUGUAAUUAAGAGGCAGAGGUGUCACGCGGCCGCUCGCACCACACAAUAGGGCAAAGUACAAAGACGUCACUUUUCUCGUGGUUCUUUCAAAGCAUUCGACCGUAACGACAUUUUUGGUUUUUCAUUUUGCAUUUAGAGUGCCUUAUAUUUAUGCCUGUUUUUAUAAUGUUUCAUUUAACAUGUUAAAUGUAUCCUUUGACUAAUCUAGGCAUUUAGUGUAAAUGUAAACUGUAUAGUUUAUUUACCUUUAGUAUUCAUUUGUCACACGAUGAGAUUAUAUAUGCAAAUAAGAACAUUUCAAAGCUCAUAUUUUUCAUUUUCAGUGGCCUUAUUGUGGCUGUGUGAAUUAGAAUAAAAGAGUUUAUAUAUAUACAUAUAUAUAUAUAUCGCUGACCUCGACAGAAAAACAGUCAAGAACACACAAUAGCUACAUGUUAUUCAAAUGUUCUAACAUGCAGCUGGGGGCGAGAUGACAGAAAACUGGUCUCAGACCUGAACAGGAUGAAGUCCGUCAGUACGCGCGUGUCAAGGCCCUGCUUCAAAUUAAUGAGCUUUCUACCUGUUGUGGCGAGGAUCACAUUCUACAACACUAAAGUUGUUCAGCAUAUGUAGAAGUUACACAAAAGAAUGCCUAAUGCACAGGUCAUCACUGAAGGGUUUCUUCGUCAUGCCUUAGGUUUGAAUUGUAGACUUUCAUGUGUGUGUGUGUCACUACAAAGAGCAUUUAUAGAGAAAUACAAACUGCAAAGUAUCGGUUCUGUUAUCCUGACAAUCCGAGGUGUCGUGUCCUUUUCUUUUUUUUUUAAACAGUCAGAGACGAAGGGUUUUAGGUUUGUUUCCGUCUCCAUGUUAACUUCUCUGUAACCUCUUUGAUGGCUUUGUGGAUGUGCAUUCCAGGUGCUUUCUUUCCCUUGUUAACUCAAGCAGCUGCGUUAUUUCUGUCGACUGCUUAACCGAUAAUUUUUUUGUCCUGAUUUUGCCAUAUAAACGUACUAUUAUUUAACCUCACGGCGACUAAUGUUACAUUACGUUCACGUCUCGGAACAUGUUUAUUUCUCUCAUCUCAGUUUUUUUUUCCUUUUUUCUUUUCGUAUGCAUGGUGAAACAUUGCAGAACGGCCAAAGCUGGCCUGGUAGGAAGAUUUGCACUUUCUCUAUCUUUGUACUAUGCACCGCCCUAUUGAUUCUGAAACCCAAUAAUAUAUUACUUGAACCCAUCUAUAAAAAAAAGUCUCCUUAAACGUUCACUUUGUGUGUAUGUAAAUAACACAAAAAAGGUAUCAAACUCUUGAAAAAGACAAAAAAAAUAAUAAUAAUAAAAGUUUGUGGCGAAAAAGAGCAUCCAUUCUGAUGCCAUGGUUACUCCAGCAGAUGAUUUCAGAAGAAUCUGUCCCACAACCAUCUGUUCUUGUGGCUUCGCCAUCCAAGCUUGGAGUGUCAUUAACAGAAAUAAACGUUGUGUUCUCUGCUCUCUCUCUAUCUAUCUCUCGUCUGGAUGCAUAGACUGAAAAAUUAAAUACUGAAAUUGUAAAGAAAAAAAAGAAAAAAAAAAAAUGGCUUGUUAAAAAGAUCAUACAAUUACCUCUGAUUAGUUGUAAGCGUAAAAUGUUUCUUUUUCUGAAUGAAAGGAGUGCUUUUUAUUUUCUUACUUAGGUUACAUUGGUGGAGAAAGAAGUGUAUGAAAAAUCAGUUCUUUGCUGACACAAGUUCCAUUUGUUAUAAAUGAAUUCUAUUAAAAAAUGUCAGUGUUA